AUCACACAUGUUCAUUGUUACUCAUUGAACAGCAGGAGACAUUGAACUGUUCUUCUGUCUGUCCCACAUGGACUCUAUCUGGUCACCUUCAGCUCGGUCCUCUCUCCACCUGGAGAACAAUGACUCCUGGUUGUCAUGGCGCCUCUAUUGUUCUUAGUGGUGACGAUGUCACACAAACGAGAUAAGAGACGUCCAUUAGCUCGCUGCCGAGUCAAAGAGACGGACUCAACCUUCUCAUUGUCCCUGCUCCGCUUCAUGGUGUUGUUGUUGUUCAUAUUGUUGUUGUUUGUGUCUUUGAAGUUGAGUGACAAUGUCUUUGUCUCAAACCAGCCAAAAUGUCAACCCGAGAGAAAAACAGCCAAGCUGAGGGGAACCACAUCAAGAUGUUCAUGCGUGGUCGGCCCAUUACCAUGUUCAUCCCUUCAGAUGUGGACAACUACGACGAUGUUCGGACCGACCUUCCUUCAGAAAGACUCAAGCUGGAAUGGGUCUAUGGUUACCGGGGCAGAGACUGCAGAGCAAAUAUUGAUCUCCUUCCAACCGGAGAAAUGGUUUACUUCAUAGCGUCUGUGGUGGUUCUGUUUAACUACGAGGAGCACACUCAGAGACAUUACCUGGGUCACACCGACUGCGUCAAGUGUCUCGCCAUCCAUCCUGACAAGAUCCGGAUUGCUACAGGACAGAUUGCAGGAGUGGACAAAGACGGACGGGCUCUGCAGCCUCAGGUCCGGGUCUGGGACAGCGUCAGUCUGUCCACGCUGCAGGUCGUGGGCUUGGGAACCUUCGAACGAGGCGUCGGCUCGCUGGCGUUCUCCAAAGCUGACUCUGGUCAACACCUGAGUGUUAUCGACGACUGCAACGACCACAUGUUGACCGUGUGGGAUUGGCAGAAGAAGUCCAAGAUCGCUGAAAUCAAGACCACCAACGAGGUGGUCCUGGCCGUGGAGUUUCACCCGACGGACCCCAACACCAUCGUUACCUGUGGAAAGUCCCACAUCUUCUUCUGGGCCUGGUCUGGGAACUCACUGGCCCGUAAACAGGGAAUCUUUGGGAAAUACGAGAAGCCAAAAUUUGUUCAGUGUCUGGCCUUCCUUAGUACUGGAGAUAUCCUGACCGGAGACUCCGGAGGGGUCCUGCUGGUCUGGACCAGGAGCUCUGCUGAGACCCCCACUGGGAAGGGACCCAGAGCGUUUCAGAUCAGUCGGCAGGUCAAGGGUCACGAGGGCAGUGUGUUCUGUGUGUGUGAGAUGAGGAGCGGCACUCUGCUGACCGGAGGAGGGAAGGACCGAAAGGUCAUCCUGUGGGACCACGAGCUGAGAGCCGACCGCGACAUCGAGGUGCCGGAUCAGUACGGAACCAUCAGAGCAGUGUCUGAGGGGAAGGGGGAGGAGUUUCUGGUUGGGACGUCUCGUAACUUCAUCCUCAGGGGAACCUUCAAUGACGGCUUCCAGGUGGAGGUCCAGGGUCACACAGAUGAGCUGUGGGGUUUGGCCUCUCACCCGUCCAGAGGGAUGUUUCUGACGUGUGCUCAGGACCGGCUGGUCUUGGCCUGGAGCUCAGUGGACCACAGCCUCCAAUGGAGCCGCACGCUAGAGGAACAUGGACACUGUGCAGACUUCCAUCCCAGCGGAGCCGUGGUCACCAUAGGAACACACUCUGGGAAGUGGUACGUUCUGGAUGCGGAGACCACCGACCUGGUAGCGAUCCACACCGACGGGAACGAGCAGCUGUCGUUGAUGCGGUUCUCUGUCGAUGGCAGUCUGUUGGCUGUUGGGUCUCAUGACAACUUUAUUUACCUCUACACCGUCUCAGAGAACGGGCGCAAGUACAGCCGGUACGGGAAGUGCACGGGCCAUUCCAGCUACAUCACACACCUGGACUGGUCACCUGACAACAACUUCAUCAUGUCCAACUCUGGAGACUACGAGAUCCUCUAUUGGGAUGUUCCAAGCGGUUGUAAACUGAUCAGAAAUCGUUCCGAGUGUAAAGACAUCGACUGGGCGACCUACACCUGCGUCCUGGGAUACCACGUGUUCGGUGUGUGGCCGGAGGGUUCGGAUGGCACCGACAUCAACGCUCUGAUCAGAUCUCACAACAGGAAGGUGAUCGCUCUGGCUGACGACUUCUGUAAAGUUCACCUGUUUGCCUACCCAUGCUCCACCCCCAAGGCUCCCAGCCAUAAGUACAGCGCACACAGCAGUCAUGUGACCAACGUCAGUUUCCUGUAUAAUGACAGUCACCUGAUCUCGACUGGGGGGAAGGACACCAGCAUCAUGCAGUGGCGUUUGGUGGAAAAGUCUUCGGUCUCUCUCACCGACGGCCUCCUCUCUAACUCCGCCCCCCAUCGCGGGGACCCCGUCGUCACCCUCCCUUCUCCUGCAGUAGCCACGCCUACACAAGACCACGUCCUUCCUCCGACAACCAAUGGAACCCAAGAACCCUGCCCCGACUCCAUGUCCCCUACAAAGGAAGCCCCGCCUACAUCCGAGUUAACUCCGCCCCAUUCUGUGUCUACCUCGCCCCCCUCAGAUAGCACGGUGAGUCUGAAGGACAGCCUGGAGCCGAGUGAUGACACAGUCACGCCCAGCGAUGAGGGGCUGCCCCCCCUCCCCCUCCCCUCAGACAGGCAGCAUCUCGGUGUGUGAAUGUGGCUACACUUGUGUGUGUGCGCACGAGGCUGAGUUGUAUACCUUGUGAGGGCGCUUUACAAAGACAUGUUUGUUCCUCACUUUGUGUUGGACCUUUUAUAUUUCGGGUUCAGACUUAGUCUUACGGUUGGAAUCAGGUUUACAUUUAGUUAGUGUAUGUGAGGCUUCGGCAUGUAGAUAGUCAUGGUGUCGUACGAGUUCAUACCAUAGAUACAUAACUCAGAUGAAAUGCAUAUUGAUAUCAUUCAAUGUGACGGACACUUGUGUGAUGUCCAUCCAGGAAGAGAAUCGUCAUGUUCUUAAUGUUCUGCUGAGAUCAUUCAGCAGACGUCCAACGUCUCCAUUCAACGUCUGCUGAAGUUCGACUUAAUGUGAAAAAAUAGAAUCAAGAAUUGUCGGUGAUCCAGGUAUAACGGUCUCUUUCAGGGGCUCGGCAUGCGCGGCCAAUGAGGGUCUCUGGAAGUAUACGCGUCCUGAAGUUGGGACUCCAACCUGUGUCUCCAGUGUCACAUGUUUCCUUUCACCAGUCAGCUGUUCAAUACACUUUCCAUCAGUUUCAUCUAAUGUCACAGUGUGAAACACCUGGAGUCUGAUUUUCCUGAGGGAAGACUGGAAGAGGAGCCGUUACUGUCACACCUGGACAGCUACUCUGAAAUGUGAAGUUUGAAAAGCUCACCGUGGUCACAUCUUCUACUUGUCUGGGUUAGAGGUUAAGGGGUAGGGGUUAGGGCAGGGGUCGGGAAUCUAUGGCUCUUCCGGUGACGGCAUAUGGCUCCCAGACAAUUUUUAGUCGAAAAAAAAAUCUCCGCCCGCCCCCCUGUAAUUUUCUCUAUCGCUCCAGAUCACAGCAGAAGUAAUUUAAGGUCCCUUUCUUCAAGACGUCUUUGUUCUUGUAUGAAACUAAACGUCUGUUAUUGAUCGUCUCUACACAGCAGCGUGUCCUUCUGUCUCUACGUGUCGCGUUAACACUUCUCGGCUCACGCGCCGCAGAGCUCCGACGCCGGCGUGUGCGCGCACAUCGGGGCGGAGCCAAAAAAGUCACCUGCACCCUCCCGUAGCAUCAUGCAGCACCAGAAGUCACAUUAAAAGCAAGACAUAUUAAAUUAAUUAUACGUUAAAAAUAUAAUAUGGCUCUCAAUGAAAAAUAUUUGGCUUUUAUGGCUCUCCCAGUCAAAAAGGUUCCUGACCCCUGGGUUAGGGGGUAGGAGUUAAGGGUUUGGGGGUAAGGGUUAGGGGUUA